CAUGUAUCACAUAAGCGCACCCUAAUAGCACUGCUAAAAUGUACCUAUGUGAAUAAGAUUAUGUGGCAACGAUGUUUUGAGUCCACCGGCACGUGUUUGUUUGUUGUUGACAAUCACUCCAUCCACAAAUACCAAAAGUACAAUUUGAUUGUUUUAAAAAAUAUGUCCAAACGACAAAAAAUAGAGGAAGUAACGCAAGUGGACGAUGGACGUACUGUACAAGCACGACUCGUAUCAGAUACGGGAGAAGAGGCAGGUCCCCCAAUCGAUUUACCUCUUAGUGUCACCGUGGAGCAGCUGGGUCUUAUUUGUAAUGCGUUAUUAAAAAAUGAUGAACCGACACCAUAUCUAUUCUUUGUGGGUGAAGAAGAGAUUAAAAAAACCCUUAACAGCGCAUUGGAUUUAAAUUCAAUAGACACUGAAAAUGUAAUCAAAAUUGUGUAUCAACCCCAAGCUGUGUUUAAAGUUCGACCAGUAACACGGUGUACAAGCUCUAUGCCGGGUCAUGCAGAAGCUGUAAUUUCAAUUAGCUUUAGUCCAGACGGCGAACAUUUAGCUAGUGGCUCAGGUGACACUACAGUGAGAUUAUGGGAUUUGACAACCGAAACACCACAUCACACAUGUGCGGUACACAAACAAUGGGUUAUGUGUGUUGCUUGGUCGCCUGAUGGAAAGAAGUUAGCAAGCGCAUGUAAAGCAGGAAAUAUUGUAUUAUGGGACCCAACGAAUGGCAAGCAAAUCGGUCGAACCUUAACCGGUCAUAAGAAAUGGAUAAAUUGUUUGAGCUGGGAACCAUAUCAUCAGAAUCCCGAUUGUCGCCGAUUAGCCAGUGCCGGUACGGAUGGGGAUUGCCGUAUUUGGGACACCGUGUUGGGACACUGCGUUCUAAAUAUAUCAGGACACACAAGUUCAGUAACCGCUGUAAGAUGGGGUGGAUCUGGUCUUAUAUACACUUCGUCCAAAGAUCGUACAGUAAAGAUGUGGCGGGCGGAUGAUGGAAUUCUAUGCCGAACCUUUUCUGGACAUGCUCAUUGGGUAAAUAAUAUUGCGCUGAAUACGGAUUACGUUUUACGAACAGGACCCUUCCAUCCGAUAACUGAUCGUAAAAAGAAAUAUUCAGAAAUUGAAAAGAAUGAAUUGAAAGAAAUGGCUUUGCAAAGAUACAAUCAUGUUUGUCCCGAUGGUGUUGAAUCCUUAGUAUCGUGUUCUGAUGAUUUCACGCUUUAUCUGUGGCGUUCGAAUCAAAAUAAAUGUGUAGAACGAAUGACGGGUCAUCAAAAUGUAGUCAAUGAUGUUAAAUACUCACCUGAUGUGAAGCUCAUUGCAUCUGCCUCUUUCGACAAGUCUAUUCGAUUAUGGCGCGGUCAAGAUGGCAAAUUUAUAACUACAUUCAGAGGGCAUGUUCAGGCGUCUUAUACACUGGCAUGGUCAGCAGACUCACGUUUGCUGGUGAGUGGUAGUAAAGAUUCAACUCUGAAAGUAUGGAGCGUUCAAACGAAAAAAUUGGCACAAGAAUUGCCGGGACAUGCAGAUGAGGUUUUCGCUGUAGAUUGGGCUCCAGACGGAACACGCGUGGCAUCUGGUGGCAAGGAUAAGGUGGUGAAAUUAUGGGCUUAUUAGGAUACAUUCAGAGGAGUUAUAUAAUGUGUAAAAAUAGUCUUAAAAGAAGUAUUCGUAUUUCAUUACAAAUGCAGUUUCUAUUAAAAAAUUAACGUUUUAAAUAAAUAAACCAAAUAAAAAGAU